AUGGGGGACGACAAUAUGAAUCUAAAGCCAGUUGAGUCGGCGCGGUCACUCGCUUCGACUUUCUCGCCCAUCCAAGAGGUCUUUUUUGUUGCCAUUGUUUGCAUGGGUCAAUUUAUGACGCAAACCAAUAUCGGAGUAUGUCUUUCGCCGCUUGAUAUUGUCGGUGAUAGCUUUGGUAUUGAUGACCCCGGCGUUUUGAGCUGGUUCAUGGCUGGGUACUCCUUGACUGUUGGCACAUUCAUAUUGGUGUCUGGCCGGUGCGGCGAUCUAUUCGGUUAUCGUCGAAUGUUCAUCAUCGGAUUCUGCUGGAUUGCACUCUGGUCUCUUGUCGCAGGCCUCAGCGUCUAUUCGAACUAUAUCCUCUUCAUCUUUGCACGUGUUUUCCAAGGCAUCGGUGGCGCAUUGCUGAUGCCUAACGCAUUGGCUCUUCUUGGAGCGACAUACCAGCCAGGAAAGAGAAAGAAUAUGAUUUUCGCCAUCUUCGGUGCUGCUGCGCCAAACAGUGCCCUUUUGGGGUCUGUCUUUGGCGCAAUCUUCUCCCAGUUGGCUUGGUGGCCCUGGACGUAUUGGACCCAGGCUAUCGUUGCUCUCGGUUGCGCUGUAUUAGGCCUGCUCGUCAUUCCGUCCAUUCAUCACGACACUCCUUUUGACAAAUCCUUCUUCGGCCUGCUUAAAGCUCUCGACGCGCUUGGUGGAGCUUGCGGUAUCGGCGGCUUAGUUCUUGUGAACAUUGCAUGGAACCAGGCGCCUAUCGUGGGAUGGAGCGAGCCCUACGUCUAUGUCCUUCUGAUAAUUGGAAUUUCGUUGAUCGCUGCGUUCUUCUAUGUCGAAUUCCGAGUGGCCGAACACCCCCUCAUUCCGUUCCACGCAUUCAGUCGCGAUGUCUCGUUUGUCCUUGGCUGUGUUGCCUGCGGUUGGGGCUCAUUCGGAAUCUGGAUCUACUACUUCUGGCGAUUCGAAGAGAAGUUCCGACAGGUGACUCCUCUCCUGGCAUCUGCCCAGUUCGUUCCUGUCGGUCCGGUGGGUAUCAUCGCAUGUGUUGUCACUGGGUGGUUAAUGGGCCGUAUGCGCCCCGGGAUGAUCAUGGUGUUGUCGAUGACUGCCUUCACAUUGGGCAAUAUUUUGAUAGCAAUUGCUCCAGUUCACCAAACCUAUUGGGCACUGACAUUUGUUUGCUUGUUAGUUAUCCCUUGGGGUAUGGAUAUGUCGUUCCCUGCAGCGACUCUGAUGUUGUCGAAUGCGGUCGAGCGCAAGCAUCAAGGUGUCGCUGCAUCACUGGUGACUACUAUCGUCAACUACAGCAUCUCGCUGAGUUUAGGACUCGCGGGUACUGUGGAAGUUCACGUCAACAAUGGAGGUCACACCCCCGAGGAUGUCCUGAAAGGAUAUAGGGGCGCGUUAUAUUUGGCUGUUGGUCUUGGUGGGUUAGGAAUGUUCCUUAGUUCGAUCUACGCAUUUAAGGGUUAUCGAGAUGAGAGACAGUCAGUGAAAACCAAGAACGAGGAAGCUCAGGAAUAA